ACGCAAAAAACUCUUGUUGUUGUAAACUGUGCUUUAAACGUUGCACUGAUCCUGAUUUCUAUUAGUGGUAACACAUUGGUAGUGUUCGCCAUGAUAAAGACGCCACGCAUUCGAUCAUCUUCAAUGUCGAUGCUCCUCAAUUUGGCUGUUUCGGAUCUUCUUGUUGGAUUAAUUUCCCAGCCAUUUUUCGUUGCAAGUGAACUCACCGUGAAUUCACUUCUCGAGAAGCUGUCGGAAAUGAUUGAGUUCAUUCUUUGCGGGAUCUCUAUCUGCACAAUGACAGCCAUAAGCGUUGAUCGAUUUAUUGCUCUUCAAUAUCCCAUGCGAUAUCAGUCAGCCAUUAUAACAAGACCUCGGGUAACAUAUGCAUCGAUCAUAAUAAUCUGGAUUGGCAACGUUUCUUCUUCAGGCCUGUAUCUGUGGCACUGGCCUACAUAUUUUGGAAUGAUGGCUGUUGGCCUUUGUGCUUGUAUCAUACUUUCAACAUUCUCUUACAUGAAAAUUUAUUUGAUAGUUCGACAGCAUCAGAUUCAGAUUCGAGCUCAAGAAAUGGCUGCGUCACAAGGUAUUAGUGAGGGACAGACAACAAAUUUGCUGCAAAAUAAACGAAGUGCUAUGAACACAUUUAUUUUUUACAUUGCCAUGAUCCUAUGCUACAUUCCUAUUCUCAUAUCGAUAUGUCUUUCGAGCAUUUCAUAUAAGGAUUGGACAAAAACAUGGCAUCUUGCCGAAACGGUGGCUUUUUUCAAUUCAUCGAUCAAUCCCUUGUUAUACUGCUGGCGCCUGAGAGACCUUCGAGCAGCAGUUAUAAAAACUUUAGAAAAGCUUCUCUGUAAGCAAAAAAGAUAA